CCAUAGCCGCAGCAGCUCCAGCAAAGAAGACGACUGGCCACCCAAUUCUCGUACCCACCUCGGCCGGCUAUCCCAGCUGAACCGAAACACCGACGCCUAGGACAUCCUCACUGAAAUUCUUUGCAGGAGGAUCCGUAGGGCGAGACAACCAUGGGCGUCGAGUUGAGGAACAACGAGGCGGCUUUGGAUGAGAUGGCGGAGGACGGAGAUUUCACCGAUUCCGACCUCGUCGAUCACAUCAGGGAUAUUCUUUGCUCAGUGACUUCAGGUUCACCAGCGGCUCUGGCUGAAAACAAGGACUACGAACGGCUCAUUUCGGUUGUGAGCCACGACGGAGGGCACGGCGCCGAUGAGGAGGCUUUUCUUGUGACGACUUUGGAGGCACUAUCUAGAGCAGUUUCUUGUAUAGAUCAUGAUCUACACAAUCUACUUCUUGCUGCUAUUUUUGGGAUGAACUUGUGGACGCAGAGGCCUCAGGUGAUGGAUGCGGUGAUUCAUUUCAUUAUUUCGUUGGCUGCUUCCAGCGGGAAGUUUGUAGAUGAGUGUUUGGCGAUGCUCACAAAGCAAUUCUUUCCACCUAAAAGUUUCCAGCUGCCACGCGGUCUUAUAAAAAAGGACCAAGUUUUAUCUCGCGUGCAUUCAGCUCUGAAUGAUAUUGCUGAUAUGCUACCACUUUCCCCUGCGAGAUUGGUGCCAAUUGUUUUAGCUGCAACACCACAAUAUCGUUUUCAUGAUAUAAAUACUCUUAGUGUUGUGAUGUACGUAGAGAACAUGCUAAAGUUGGAGAGUGGCACUCUUGGUGAAGUAGUUCGGAUCCCAAUGCUAACUGGCGUGGUGGAAUUGCUGCUAGACUUGGACGUGGAGAUUGGAUGGGAUGACAUAGAAGAUGACUCAAGUAAAGGAAUAUUUGAGAUGGAGCUAGAAGCUGUACACGAGUCUAUGGAUGAUGAUCUGAAUGAUGAUAGUGAGAUUGCAAGAAAAUUAAGUACGAAGGUUUCAGGAAGUAAUUCAUUUGCCGAAAAAUUAGAUAGCUUGUUGGUGUUAACUUUUGAGCAUCUUGAGUCUUGUGAAGUUGGUGGCCGUUUGAUCGAGGUCUUUGAAACUCUACUGGAGUCAUUUAAGAGGACUGUUUUGACUGCAUACAAAUCGAAGUUUGCCCAGUUUGUGAUCUUCUAUGCAUGUUCUCUAGAUCCUGGAAAUUGUGGCGUGACAUUUGCUUUGAUGCUUGAAAAUACUUUUUUCUGCAGUACCAACCCCCCACUUCUCAGAAUGAGUGCCGUUUCUUAUCUUGCUAGUUAUUUGUCUCGUGCGAAGUUUCUGUCGGCUUCUGUGAUUGCUAACACUUUGGAAAGGUUGGUGGAUUGGUGCUGUAAAUAUGUCAAAACGCAGAAUGACAAAGUAAAUCCGGAAGCUCAUAGAGUGUUUUAUUCAGGAUGUCAGGCCAUCAUGUAUUUGCUUUGCUUCCGAAUGAGGUCAAUGAUGGAUGUUCCUCUGCUGAAGUCAUGGCUUCUUCGUCUGCCUUUGGAGUCUGUUUUGAAUAAUAAAUUGAGCCCGCUGCAGGUGUGUCUGCCUUCCAUAGUAAACGAGUUUCUACGGCAAUCAAAAGCAGCUGGUUUAUUCAUGACACUUGACAAAUUCGAUUUCGAUGACUAUCUGGAAUCAGAACUUUCAAAGGAAUUUGGUGGGAGGGAAAGGCUAGACAUGUUCUUCCCAUUUGACCCGUGCUUGCUGAAGAAAAGUGACAGGUACAUCCGGCCGAAGUUCAUUUUCUGGUCGAUGGUUCAUCCUACGUAUGACGAUGACGAAGAUUCCAGUGAUGAAGACAUAGGUGACGCUGUCGCGGAUGAAAAUGUGGACGGAAUGGAUUAUGCGAUUUUGCAACAGCAUUAUGAUCUCGAUGAAUUUGACUCCGCGUUGAACAAAAUGUCAAUCACACCAAAGAAUUCCUUACAUAGUACAUUUGGUGGUGCAAUAAAACAGCCCAUGCGGAUGCCUUCAAGAAUUAGACCGUCCACAAGUCCGGAGUCUCUGUAAACUAAAACGCGUAACCCUUUCCCCUCUCAUUUAUGAAAGAAGCGUGAAAACUGUAUUGUUUGUACAAACA